AUUGGCUGGCCGUCACGUGACCUCACAGCUGAUUCAGAUGCARGUUUUGCUCUGACUGCGGUUCAUCAUCGUCUCUCAUGUAGCCAUUUCUGGUUAGCUGCAGGUCUCGCCGUCAGUAAACACCACUGCUAUGGCACAAGCUACGAAUGUGUUUGACACGAGCAGCUCUCAGAUUCAGGUGGAACACGAUAAAAAGCGUCGGCAGUUCAUCAUCAGGCUGAACGGAUCUCAGGAUCGAGCCGUUCUUCUUUAUGAAUACGUCGGGAAGAAGACYGUGGACCUGCAACACACAGAAGUUCCUGAUGCUUAUAGAGGGAGAGGGAUCGCCAAACACCUGGCAAAGGCAGCCAUGGAUUUUGUGGUGGAGGAGGACCUGAAAGCUCACCUGACUUGUUGGUACAUUCAGAAAUACGUCAAAGAGAAUCCUCAGCCUCAGUACUUCGAACACAUCUAUCAAUGACCCCACGUGGCGACGUCAAAGAGACUCUCAGGAGGGAAGCGCCGAGCGAAUCCAGGUGAUCUCGCGCAACAAAAAAACCAAACCCAACGAUGUGUGAGAGCUGAACAUAGGGUCAUUUACAUCCAUAAACAUGAGGGGACUGCGUGCAGGAAGUGAGCGAAACGUGUUAAAGAACCAAAGUGUGGUGCCGGACAGGUCCGGGUAGACUCUCAGCGCUGACUCGACGCAGGUGUUCGGUGUGUGAACCAGAUCCCAUCUCACAGCUUGUUGAUGCUCCUCACUGAGCACGGGCUUCGGGUCGACCCACUUGGUAUCYUGGUGGUUCCACUUGCACUCUGAUGGCAUUGACUUUUUUUUUAUUAUAGCUCCUUUUUUAUAUACUUUUUACUAGUUUUAGUUAUCCCCUUCUUUAAACAAGUGUGGAGAUCUUGUUGUGAAUGAUGGUGUGUGAGAAAUGCAUCCUAAAAACUAAACAUUAUGCAUUUUUAUGUUUUUUCCAGGUUUUAAAUAUGUAUUUUGAAAAGAUUAACUUACCUAAAGCUUCAUUUGGUUAAAACUUAAAGCCAUUCUUCCCCUGUAAUUAACAAAAAAAAACAUGUUUUUUGGGUCCUGAAUUUAUUCAUUGGUGGAUUAAAGGUGGAUCUUUAAACCUCAAUGUAGCAAGAAGGUCUAACCUGACUGAGUUAAUAGAGACGAUGGUCUGAUGUCCGUGCAAUUUAUUAUUUCAGUGUUGAAUUUAUAUAAAUAACUUUAUUCAAACUAGCAUCACUCUUCUAUUCAGGGCAGGUUCUGUCAAUAUUUGUUGCUGUUUUAAAUCUGAUUGAUUCUUUUUCUGCUUUUACAGGGUCUGUUUUUAACCAGCCGAUGUCAAAAUAAUAUGGUUAACCUCAUAAAUAUUUUACAGGAAAAACAAAUUGCUGUGYACAAUCUUAAGUGUUGAGCAGGAGCACACCUCAGGGCACUCGACAUUCUUAUCAAGAACUGCAAUAAUAAUAAAAAUAAGUCCCGUUUUAAAACGUUUCUUUUGGGGGGCAUAGAGGCCAAGGCAUUAAGUCUUUAUUGUGUAAGCUUUAGGUUUUUGUGUGUUUUGUUAAAAACAAAUGUCAGACUUGUGUUUUGAGCAGGUGGGUCUCUCUGAAAUCAGUGUCAAAAUGUUUUAAUGUUCUUGUUACACUGUUUUAUACUUGAUUUGUUUCCUGUACUUUUUCCAAAUAAAAAAAAGGCUUCUUAUCACAUUGUUUAUGCUGUGCGUUUGUGGCAAAACAAAAGAGUGUGCCUAAUAUGUAGAAACAACUGGUUCAUCWCUGGAACAACAACGUAUUCUAAAAGUGGGCCGGUACAAAGGUUCAGUGUUUAAGGAAACUGGGACUAAAAUUCUGUAAAAAAUACACUUAAAUAUUUUUCUAACAGCUUUUUUCACUUUAAACAGAACUGAUCCAUCUCGUUCUCUUUAGUUAUUUCUUUUACAAAAUGACCUGUCCUCUUUAAGUUACACUGGUGCUACAGGAUAAAAAGAUCUUAAGAAUACUGUCAGUUUCUAGAAAAUGAAUAUUUAAAUCUCAAAUUUUUAAACCAGCUACCUUUAAGAGGAAGGCCCUAUAAUUCAUUUAACUUUCCUUUUUGUAUUCAAGUCUUACAGUCCUUUGUUUGUAUUAUAUUUUCUGGAUUAUAAAGAUUCAUAUGUUUGUUUCUGUUUACUGGUAUUUAUUAUUUUUGUUAUUUCAACCCAUUUUGUCAUUUUGAUUGUGUAUUUUGCCACAAUGGAAACGCGUCUUCAUUUUUUGUGUCAUCCAAGUAUUUUUAAUUUAUGCAUCUUUUUAAAUAUGUAUGUGCAUUAUUUUUACUGAAUAAACUCAACUAAUUAAA